GACCACGGAGGGCAUGAUGGUACCCAAUUCAUUCAAUGAUAUGUUUCUCUUCAACGCCGCGGUCAUGGGCCUGAGCAACAACGACUGGAUGAAUUUGAUCUUGGACCAGUUGGAUGCAAUUGCCCUGAACGUGGCCAACCCAUACCGUUUGCAAGAAGAAUGUGAGGUGCUCGCGCUAGUCCUUUCAAGAUAUCAAGGGAGCUUUGUGCUAUCGGAGUUCAAGGCUGUUGUAUUGGCUUCGCUUCGGUCCUUGGUCUCGUCAGAUUGGGACUCCGAUCAUGAGGUUGCCUGGAAUUGGCUUUGGCAGAAUGUUGAGCGGUUACUGAAGCAACUUCUUGGAAAGCCGCCAGUACAAGAGAAAGCCUUAACCGAAGUGCUAUCAAGCCUUCCAGAGGAAGCACUGACGCAGCUGCGUCAGGAGUUUUUCCUAAAUUUCUUCAAGCUUGCGCCUAGUGGGCAAGAUUUCUUCAAGCAGUCACUUACCAGGCUGUACUUCAUAGCGGACAAGAUCAUUGAAUUAUGUCUCGAAAUCUACCGCCAACCUCGUGCAAUGGUCGAGGAUAUCAGUGGUUUGGGCCUCCGUCACGUAGGCUAUGCCAUCCCUCCUGAGCUUUUUGGUCCUUUCGUGGGGUCGGCAGUGGAAAUGUUCAGCCUGGCGACCACUAAUGAAACUGCGAUUGAUGGCUUCAAGUGGGCGAUGCAGUUGGUGUCGAAGAUUUUGGUGAGGGCCAUUUCUGAAGGUUCCACUGUGGUGAUGAAAGCAAUCAGCACCAACGAUGAAAUAUCAAUGAAAAAGGCAAUGGCCACAUCGCCACGUGGAAAACGUGCUCAGGAGCUCUUGAACAUUUCUGUUGGCGCACAGUCGAUAUCUCCUUUCUAUUGGUCUAUCCGGAGUGGCAACUUGAACAGCGCCAAGGCCAUUUUGCAGGAUUUGUUGACGAUCCGGGCAGAUCGGGAUGUUUACUACUAUGCUUGCGACGAUUUGUUCACGCGACAUCCGGAUGUGGUCAAGUAUCUGAUGACAGACGUCCCUGCUUUGCUGAAUGCACUCUUUGAUGGCCUUGUGUGGCGGUCCAGAUGGAUUUCCAAAGGCCUUCGGAGAGUGAAUUACUAUGUCAAGCAUCUAGUGCAGGACCUUGAAGGGCAGCCCAGUGAAACGCUAUCUUGGCUGGAAGAUUAUAGAGAUCCAACUCUCAUAAGUCAUGAGACUGUGAUCGUUGUGUCGGAUAUCCUUUGGGAAGGGAUAAAGCACCAAUUCUUGCGGCGCAAGAUUUUCUUCCUCUGGUCUUUGUGUUUAUUCCUGGUGAGCCAGUCAGUCUUGUCGGCAUUAGAGCGCACCAGUGGGAUCCAAACAGCUCUUUUUGUGUGCCGGACCCUGAUCUAUUUGACCUCUUUGCCCAAGCUUUUCUACGAUCAUGUCAAGCUAUUUUGUGAAGAUCUUCGUGGUGGCUAUGUCAGCCGGUACUUCUGCAUACCUAUUCCUCAAUACCUUCUGGCAUGGCAAGGCUGUGGUUCCUUGAUAUUGUUUUGGUUCCUUGUUGUGAUGUGCACUUUGGAACCUUUCUACUGGUGCCUGGGUGAUGGAGCGGAGGAGGUGUUCUCCGACAGGUGCAAGCAGGGCCAAGAGUUCAAACGCAUUUAUUCGACCUUUUCAUGUUUGACAAUGAUGAUUUACUGGAGUUUGUCGUUGAACCUUAGCGUUUUCAGCAUGCGUUUGUCAGCCUUCAUCCUGGUUUGUGGCCGGGUGACAUCAGAGGUUGGUCUUUUUUUGCUGGCCUUUGUGUUUGUCAUUCUGGCCACCGCAACCUCCAUCACUGCGCUGGAUCAAAGCAUGGAGGAUUUCAAAGGAAUCCCCCAAUCAGCCAUGGCCUUGACAGAGAUUGCACUGAGCCUUUUCCCACCGACCUUGUUUGAUGAGAUGAGGCAUGAAGAAAUUCUUCUGGCUCUCAUCUUGAUCUUCUGCAUGGUGGUGACCAUCUUCCUUUUCAGCCUGCUGAUUGCGCAGUUGAACCAAGCCUAUCAGCAUGGCUUUCAGGACAUGCAUGGCUAUGCCCGCCUGCGUCGGGUCUCGACAGCAGUGGCCGAGCUAGAAUGCAUGUCCUCCAAGCGUUGGGAAACAUUUCUGGCCUCUCUUUCGUUUGAUCGACCACUUGAGCCUUGGCACAGGGGACACGAAGACACAUACCCUGAUGGCUUAGUUGCCAGCUAUAUUACUAUCUAA